AUGUUAGGGGAUGUGGUGGACAUAUCCACCCUCCCUGUCCCCCAGACGUACGCAGCAGGAGAGUCGCCAUGGAUUCGGCGCGUGUCCAGUGCGCCUGACACGAAGCUGCUCUUCCAUGCCAAUACACCUUCAACGACUUUCACUACCUUGUCCAGUUGGCAAGAAUCGUACGAGGACCUAUAUGCCCCAGAGAUGCGGCCCAUGUCUGUGAGCCCUCCGAUGGAUGCCUCGAGUGAAUCGAGUGCGGGUCCUCAUCUGGACGUGCCGACCAACCGGUCUCCGGAUACCUCCAAGGAUGUUCCGCCACUUCCUCUGGAUGCCUCGACGACAGCUGUGCCAUCGCAAGCUGCUGCGGAGCGAGAAGAGCCGGCGGCAGCGGCGAGUGCCCCAGAUAUUGCAUCGCCUCGCAAGGGCCGACUCCUUCCGUCCUUCCGACGAUUGCCACGGCCACGACCUGCGCAUGACGCGUCGGGCGAUCCAGCCAAACGACGUCUGGGGCGACUGUUUAAGUCCAAGAGCUCGGGGGCGCUGAGUGCCGGCUUGGCUCCCGAGCCAGCCGAGGCGCCGCCGCCGCUCCCCGAGCUGCCCGCGGUGCAUCGAGCGACGGUGCCUCGUGUGAAGACCAAGGCCGUCCAAGUGACGCCGCAGUCCUUUACGACGAUCAAACUUCUCGGCAAGGGAGAUGUGGGGCGUGUGUACUUGGUCGCAGAUACGUCGACCGAUCAACUGUUUGCCAUGAAAGUGCUAGCUAAAAACGAGAUGAUCAAGCGCAACAAAAUCAAACGCGUGCUGGCUGAACAAGGCAUAUUGCUGGCCUCCAAUCACCCCUUCAUUGUGCCCUUGUACCACACAUUCCAAACGACCAACUACUUGUACUUGUGCCUUGAGUACUGUGCCGGAGGCGAGUUCUUCCGUGCGCUGCAAUCACGCCCGGGCCGCUGCUUGUCUGAAGAGGAUGCGCGUUUCUAUGCGGCAGAAGUCGUAGCUGCGCUGGAGUAUCUUCAUUUGAUGGGGUUCAUUUAUCGAGACCUUAAACCAGAAAACAUUCUGCUGCAUCAGACAGGACAUUUGAUGCUCUCUGACUUUGACCUCUCCGCGCAGGCCCACGACCAAAUUGCUGCGCCGACCGUGUUCCAAGCGUCCCCACGUGCGAUGCCGUUGGUGGAUACGCGCGCAUGUAUUGCGGAUCUGCGCACCAACUCGUUCGUGGGUACGGAAGAGUACAUUGCGCCGGAGGUCAUCAAGGGGCAUGGCCAUACCUCGUCGGUGGAUUGGUGGACGCUCGGCAUAUUUGUGUACGAAAUGAUUUAUGCUACGACACCUUUCAAAGGGACGUCGCGCAAUGCGACGUUUUCCAAUGUGCUUCGUAAAGAUGUGACCUUCCGUGAUCCGGUGGCGAUGUCGAGUACAGGCAAGCAGUUUGUGCGCAAAUUGCUGGUCAAGGAUGAGCACAAACGCCUAGGCAGCCAAUGGGGCGCGAGUGAAGUCAAGCAGCAUCGCUGGUUCUCGUCCAUUUCCUGGGGUCUGCUGCGGCACCAAACCCCGCCCAUUGUCCCUGUACCGACCGACGUCGCCAACCUGCUGUGGAUGGCAAAACAUGAACCUGUUCGACCUCACGACUGGGAACAGGACACGGUCCUCGAGGCAGAGAGCCCAGCCGCCGCUCCCUUUACGCAGUUCCAAAACGCGUCGGUGGUCCGAGUGGGACAGUAA